AACCGCAAGUGCUUCGACUGUGACCAGCGCGGCCCCACCUACACCGACAUGACCGUGGGCAGCUUCGUCUGCACCUCCUGCUCCGGCAUCCUGAGAGGUUUAAAUCCACCCCACAGAGUGAAGUCUAUCUCCAUGACCACAUUCACACAACAGGAAAUAGAAUUUCUGCAGAAACACGGAAACGAAGUGUGUAAACAGAUUUGGCUAGGAUUAUUUGAUGAUAGAUCAUCAGCAAUUCCAGACUUCAGGGAUCCACAGAAAGUAAAGGAAUUUCUACAGGAAAAAUAUGAAAAGAAAAGAUGGUAUGUUCCUCCAGAACAAGCAAAGGUGGUGGCUUCAGUCCAUGCAUCUAUAUCGGGGUCUUCUGCAAGUAGUACAAGCAGUACACCUGAGGUGAAGCCACUUAAAUCUCUUUUGGGAGAAUCUGCACCAGCCUUGCACUUAAACAAAGGCACACCUAGCCAAUCCCCUGUUGUAGUUCGGUCUCAAGGACAACAGCAGCACGAAAAGAAGCAAUUUGACCUCCUCAGUGACCUUGGCUCAGAUAUCUUUGCUGCUCCUGCUCCUCAGUCAACUGGUACAGCAAAUUUUGCAAACUUUGCACAUUUCAACAGUCAUACAGCGCAGAACUCUGCAAAUGCAGGUUUUGCAAACUUUGAUGCAUUUGGACAGUCUAGUGGUUCGAGUAACUUUGGAGGUUUCCCCACAGCAAGUCAAUCUCCUUUUCAGCCCCCAAAUACAGCGUUCAGAACGCUUUCAUCUAGCUGCAGUUUUGGUGAAUUUACUUCAGCUUUUCCUCUCCAGGCUGUACACAGUGGGAGUGCUGGAUCAGGGAAUGCUAACUUUGCUCACUUUGAUAACUUCCCCAAAUCCUCCAGUGCUGAUUUUGGAGCCUUCAGUGCUUCUCAGAGCAACACAACAGCAACUGCAGCCAGUAAAGCUGCAGUGAAUAAACCAACUCUCCAGUCAGCAGACAAAUAUGCAGCUCUUGCUAACUUAGAUAAUAUCUUCAGCACAGGACAAGGUGGUGGUGAACAAGGAAAUAGCUUCAGCACUGUAGUUACAGCAUCAGCAGGUCCUGUUGUAUCAGCCCCAAGUCAGUCAAGUGCACCUUCAGACAAGUACGCAGCUUUAGCAGAAUUAGACAGCGUAUUCAGCUCUACAGCAACAUCUAGUAAUGCAUAUACUUCCACCAGUAAUGUUAGCAGCAAUGCUUUUGGAACAGUACCCAUGGCUGCUUCCGCACAGACACAGCCUGUAUCUUCGAGUGUGCCUGCUCCAUUUGGAGCAACACCUUCCACAAAUCCAUUUGUGGCUGCCCCCGUUGCCCCAGUGGCACCUUCAACAAACCCAUUCCAGACCAAUAGCCGAGGAGCAACAGCGGCAACAUUUGGCACUGCAUCCAUGAGCAUGCCUGCAGGGUUUGGAACACCUGCCUCCUACAGUCUUCCUACUAGCUUUAGUGGCAGCUUCCAGCAGCCCACAUUCCCAGCGCAGGCAGCUUUCCCACAACAGACUGCUUUUGCUCAACAACCAAAUGGUGCAGGUUUUGCUGCAUUUGGACAGGCAAAGCCUGUAGUGACUCCAUUUGGACAAGUUACAGCUGUUGGAGUAUCUAGUAAUCCUUUUAUGGCAAGGCAGCAUUUGAAUCCUCCUAGAUGCAAUUGAGCAUUCUGAUGACAUGGCAUUCAUAAAGCUGCUCAAAUUGAGACAGAGGCUGGUGCACCAACAGGACAAUAUCCAACAGGAAAUUCAUCGACCAAUCCUUUCUUAUAGCCUUAUAUAGACACUUUACCCAAAAGAACUCUUAUGUGGUCACUUAACAUCUCUGCGCCUCUUGCACUGUUGUCUUGUUUCACUGAUCUUAGCUUUAAACACAAGAGAAGUCUUCAAAAAAAAAGAAAAAAAAAAAGCCUGCAUUGUGUUUUAAACAACCCCCCCCCCCACCAGGUAAUAACAUGCAAAACAGAGGGCUGUGAUAACAUCUUUUAACAUGUGAAUUGGCAGGAGGAAAAAAGUAGCGGUAUCAUGUAUAUUAAAAUUGGCUAAUAAGUUAUCGCAGAUACCACAUUCAUUAUGCUGCAGUACUGUACAUAUUUUUUCUUAGAAAAUAGCUAUUUGUGCAUAUCAGUAUUUGUAACUUUAACACAUUGUUAUGUGAAAAACGUUACGGGGGAAAAAAUAGAUCAGCCAUUUUGAGGUGCUGUUGUAUCUCUUGGAAUGAAUGACCUAUAUAAUUUUAACCAUUGCUAUUGGAAGUCACAAAGUUAAAUUGGAGGUUUUGUUCAUUUCUCAAGAUGUUUUCCUUUCCUAAGAGCUCUUCUAUUUAUACAUGCCUAAAUUCUCUAAUGUAGAGGGAUAUCUGUCUGCAUAAUAAAGCUGAUCAUGUUUUGCUACAGUUUGCAGGUGAAAAAAAAUAAAUAUUAGAAAAAAGACUUUGUGCAUGUUUGCUGUGUAGGAACAAAUGAGUUGAAAGCAGAUGCCUAUGUUUUGGCCUCCUUAGUUUGUGUUCUGUUCAUAAAAGUGGAACUAUAGGCUCUAUAAGCAAGUUCAGGUAAAAGAUUUUUGGGCACACUUGUGGUUCAACUUAAUUCUGUCUAGUGUCAGUCAUUACUUCGUGUUUUUUCCUUAGCUGUCAUUUACAUCAAACUUUUUUGUGGAUAGCAGAUCUUUUGUUUUUUAAGAGAGCUGAACUCCUUGUACUUGCAUUUAAAGGAAUUUAAUUUAUAUUGGAAGGUUCUAUAUUAAAAAGGUACAGAAAGGAGCCAUGAAGUUUCCCCCUUUCAAAUUAAAAUUUUAUUUUAUUUUUGGCACUUAGUCUUUGUUUCCAGUCCCAGGACAGUAGGCACCCACUUAGUUUUCCAUAUUAGUUAAAAUGAUACUAAUUUUUCAUCUACACUUGCAUUUAAUAUAUUACUCACCAGAUCUUUAGUCAAUGUUGCUUAAAACAUUAGGUCCUUGAGCUGUUCAUGGUGGCAG